AUGGAGUUCGUGCUAGCCGCCUCGGCGGCCAUGGGAGCCUGCUUCUUCACCAACCCGUUGGAAGUGCUGAAAACUCGCAUGCAGCUGCAGGGCGAGCUGAAGGCGAAAGGCCAGCACGCGGUGCACUACAAAAACGUCGUGCACGCCACCUAUGUUAUCAUCAAAAACGACGGGGUGCUGUCGUUGCAGAAAGGACUGGUGCCCGCUCUUUGGGUGCAGCUCUUCCUGAACGGAAUGCGGCUCGGCACCUAUCAAUUGGCCAACAACCGCGACCUCCUCAAAGACGACAAGGGGAAUUUGGUGCUGGCGAAUACGGUGGCGGCGGCGACGGCGGGCGGCGUGCUGGGCCAGGUGAUGUCCAGCCCGAUGUUCCUCAUAAAGACGCACCUGCAAACGCAAGCGGCGGCCGCCAUAGCGGUGGGGCACCAGCACCGCCAUCGGGGUACCUGGAGCGCUCUGCGCACCAUCUACAAGAAAAACGGCGUUAAGGGGUUGUUUCGAGGAACGACCGCCGCGAUACCGAGAGGCGCGGUGGGUUCGAUUGCGCAGUUAAUAGGCUUCGAUUACUCCAAGCAAGCGCUGCUGCAAUACGACUAUUUCAAGGAUAAAAAAAUGCUCACUCUGUUUUUGGGUAGUAUGGUCGGAGGUGUGGGAAUCAGCGUGUUCAUAACGCCUUUCGAUCUCGUCAUGACCAGAUUGUACAAUCAACCUACCGACGCGAAGGGGAAAGGUUUGUUGUACACCAGCUAUGGGGAUUGCGUUAGGAAGAUAUACAAAACCGAAGGCGUCUCGGCGUUUUACAAAGGCGUCGGGCCCAUGUACUUGAGAUUGGGGCCGCAUAGCGUGCUGUGUUUGAUGUUUUGGGAACGACUGAACGAUUUUUACAAAGGGUUUUAA